AUGGGUUUGUUUUUUGUUGAUCUUCUCCUAUGCGUGUUAAACUGCCUCUCUGGGUAUAGAUAUGGUUGGUCUGAUCUAAAGUUUGCAGCCCAAUUGGAUUUUGCAUUCAGAACUCUCACUUGGUUUGUGAUCUCUGCUUACUUGCACAUCCAGUUUUCUCAUUCAAGUGAGCGCAGGUUCCCUAGUUUACUAAGGAUUUGGUGGGCUUUUUACUUCCUAAUGUCUUGUUCCUAUCUUGCUAUACAUCUUGGUUUGUAUUGGAAACAUUCAUCCUUACCAUUUCUGCAAUGGGUCUCCGAUGUUGCAUCUAUUAUUUUUGGUUUAUUCUUUUGUUAUGCUGGGUUGUUUGGUAAGGGAGAAGAAGAUGAAGAUUUCCAUAUUUUGGAUCCUCUUUUGAAAAUUAGUUCAAGUCGAAACAAAGGUGAUGAUGGACAAGGUUCAAGUGUCGGUGAAGAGAUUGUAACUCCUUAUGCAAAUGCCAAUCUUUUUAGCAUUUUUACUUUCUCUUGGAUAGGUUCCUUGCUUGGACUUGGGUAUAGAAAAACAUUGAACCUUGAAGAUGUUCCUCAGCUUGCCAAUUGUGAUAGUGCUAAAGUGGUCUUUGCUCGUUUUAGAAAUAAACUUGAAUCUAAUGGUGAUGAUAGUGGUAAUGGUGGUAAGGUAGACACACUCAAGCUGGUAAAGGCAUUAAUUCUCUCAGCGUGGAAAGAAAUUCUAUGGACGGCUCUAUUGUCCAUUGUAUCCACAUUGGCAUCUUAUGUUGGACCAUACCUUAUUGAUGUUUUUGUUCACUAUCUCAAUAGCUCUCACCAACAAAAAUAUGAAGGGUAUGUGCUAGUGCUUAUUUACUUUAUUUCAAUGCUCAUAAAGUGCCUCUCAAAUAGGCACUUGUUCUUUCAAUUACGAAUGAUGGCAAUUAGGGUCCGUGCUUCUUUGUUUGCGUUAAUCUAUAAGAAGAGUCUCAGGCUUUCAAGCCAAUCAAAGCAGGUCCAAACUAGUGGGGAUAAUGUUAAUUUGAUGAGUGUUGAUGUAGAGAGGAUUGCCCUCUUUAGUUGGUACUUACACGAUAUAUGGAGGGUGCCUGUUCAGGUUGCUCUAGCAUUAUUGAUCUUGUACAAGAGCCUUGGGAUGGCUUCACUUGUAGCCUUUCUUGUCACAAUGAUUUUGAUGUUAGCAAAUGUUCCAUUAGGAAAACUACAGGAGAAAUUUCAGGGGGAAUUGAUGGAUUCUAAGGAUCGAAGGAUGAAGGUGACAUCUGAGGCUCUAAGGAAUAUGAGGGUUCUCAAGCUCCAUAGUUGGGAGAUGAAGUUCUUGGCUAAGAUAAUUGAGCUCAGGAGCUUUGAAACAAGAUGGUUAAAAAUGUUACUUUAUACAUCAGCUAUGAGUACCUUUGUCUACAUGUCUGCUCCUAUGUUUGUAUCUAUGAUUACUUUUGGAUUUUGUGUACUUAUAGGAAUACCAUUAGAGUCUGGAAAGAUUUUAUCUGCAAUUGCAACAUUUGCGAUAUUGCAAGGGCCCAUUUAUAAUCUCCCAGAUACAAUCUCCGCAGUAGUUCAAACUAAAGUUUCCCUCGACAGGAUAUCCUCAUUCCUCUGUCUUGAUGAUCUUGAUUUGCAUAAUGUACAAAAGCUUCCAAGAGAUGCCGAGGUUGCAGUUGAGAUAGUCAAGGGGAAUUUCUCGUGGGACCUUCAUUCCCCAAAUCUCACAUUAAAAGAUCUAAAUAUCCGAGUGUACCAUGGUAUGAGAGUAGCUGUUUGUGGUUCUAUCGGUUCAGGCAAGUCAAGCCUACUUUCAUGCAUAUUAGGGGAAGUGCAGAAAGUAUCUGGAGCUAUUAAUUUGAAUGGAACAAAGGCCUAUGUUGCACAAUCACCUUGGAUACAAAGUGGGAAGAUAGUAGACAAUAUAUUGUUCGGUAAGGAGAUGGACAAGAAAAGGUACGAGAUGAUCCUUGAAGCAUGUUCAUUGAAGAAGGAUCUAGAAUUGUGUGCCUUUGGGGACCAGACUAUCAUAGGGGACAGAGGAAUUAACCUGAGUGGUGGACAGAAGCAAAGAAUCCAGAUUGCACGUGCUUUGUACCAUGAUGCUGAUGUUUAUCUACUUGAUGAUCCCUUUAGCGCCGUGGAUGCUCACACAGGAAUUCAUCUAUUUAAGGAGUGUUUGCUGGGAAUUUUGAGUUCAAAAACAGUAAUUUAUGUUACCCACCAAGUAGAGUUCUUACCUUCUGCUGAUCUUAUCGUGGUUAUGAGAGAUGGAAGGAUUACUCAAACAGGAAAGUACAAAGAAAUUCUUAGCUCAGGAACUGACUUUAUGGAGUUAAUGAGUGCGCAUAAGAAAGCUUUAGCAAACAUUAAUUCUAUCAAAGGUGGGAAUGCUUUAGAUAAUUUAACCAAGGAUGAGGAAGAUGAGAGUUUAUUAUAUAGCGAGAAGUCUAUUCAAGAUGAUGAGGAAUGCGAUCUCAAAAAUCACAAAACAGAAAAACUCGUUGGGUCAGAAGGGCAGCUUGUCCGGGAAGAAAAGAGAGAAAAGGGUGGAGUUAGUCUUUCAGUCUAUUGGAAAUAUCUUACUGCUGCAUAUAAAGGGGUUUUUGUGCCAUUUAUUUUGCUGGCUCAAAUUCUUUUUCAGCUUCUCUUAAUAGGUAGCAGUUAUUGGAUGGUGUUUGCUACUCCUGUUUCAGAGGAUGUGAGACCUCAUGUUAAAGGAUCUACUCUCAUCUUUGUUUAUGUUGCUUUGACCCUUGGAAGCUCUCUUUGCGUCCUUAUAAGGUCCAUGCUCGUUGUUACUACUGGAUACAUGACAGCCACUCUGCUUUUCAAUAAAAUGCACAAAUGCAUUUUCCGUGCCCCUUUGUCAUUUUUUAAUUCUACUCCGAUUGGAAGAAUUCUAAACCGGGCAUCCAUAGAUCAAAGUGAAGUUGAUACAUCUAUUCCACAUCAAUUGGAAGAACUUCUUAUUUCAAUCAUAGAAUUCUUGGGAACUGCUGCAGUAAUGUCACAGGUUGCAUGGCAAAUGUUAAUAGUUUUUAUUCCGAUGUCUGUGACAUGCAUUUGGUAUCAGCAAUACUACAUAUCUGCAGCACGAGAACUAUCACGACUGGUUGGAGUAUGCCAAGCACCAAUCAUACAACAUUUUACCGAGUCUAGUUUAGGUUUAACUACAAUAAGGUGUUUUGAUCAAGAAGAGAGGUUUAUGGAUACAAACCUCAAGCUGGUGGAUGGGUUUUCCCGACCCAAAUUUCAUUUUUCUGGGGCAAUUGAAUGGUUAUGCUUUCGCAUGGAUAUGCUGGCAUCCAUCACUUAUGCUAUUUCUUUGGUUUUCUUGAUCUCACUAUCGAAGGGUGUACUUAGUCCUGGUGUUAUGGGUUUAAUAGUCGCAUAUGGACUUAGUUUCAGUUUGCAUGGUGUCAUUUGGGAUUUUAGCAGUCUUGAGAAUAAAAUCAUAUCCAUUGAGAGAAUAUUACAGUACACUUGCAUCACUAGUGAACCCCCUUUGCUGGUAGAAGAAGAUAGGCCAAGUUGUGAGUGGCCAUUACAAGGGAAAAUUGAUAUUAUUGAUUUGCAGGUUCGGUAUGCCCCACACCUUCCUCUUGUCUUGCGAGGUAUUACAUGCACUUUUCCUGGAGGUAUGAAUAUUGGCAUCGUUGGUCGAACGGGAAGUGGAAAAUCAACUCUGGUACAGGCUCUCUUUCGCAUGCUUGAACCUGCAACUGGUCAGAUCUUAAUAGAUGGUAUCAACAUUUCCAAGAUUGGCCUUCAUGAUUUGCGGUCAAGGUUAAGCAUCAUACCACAAGACCCAAUAAUGUUUGAGGGGACUCUAAGAAAUAAUCUUGACCCACUUGAAGAGUACACUGAUGAACAAAUCUGGGAGGCUUUAGAUAGAUGCCAACUUGGUGAUGAAGUUAGAAAGAAGGAAGGGAAGCUUGAUUUUAGAGUGACUGAAAAUGGAGAGAAUUGGAGCAUGGGUCAAAGGCAACUAGUUUGUUUAGGGCGGGUAUUGCUCAAGAGGAGCAAAGUAAUAGUACUCGAUGAAGCUACUGCAUCAGUGGAUACAACUACUGAUUAUCUGAUUCAACAAAUGCUUAGGGAACACUUCUCAAGGUCUAUGGUCAUCACAGUCGCACAUAGGAUAACAUCAAUUAUUGAUAUCGAUAUGGUCCUCGUUCUUGAUAAUGGCCUUGUAUUGGAAUAUGAUUCUCCAGCUAAAUUGCUUGAGAUGAAGUCUUCAUCAUUUGCAAAGCUUGUUAAAGACUAUACUCAAAGAUGUAGUUCGUAGGUUGUUUUUUUUAUUUGAAAAGAUUAAAUAUGUUGGACUGAGGUGCGUUGUCAUUUUAAGUAUGACAAAAAUUUGUUGGGGGAGAGGGUGGAAUAGAUAUUGAGGCUAUUUGUAAUUAUUUGAGUUGUCAUUGGCAUUUAGUUGAAGUAUUGGGGGAGAAACGAAGAUUUGGGGGGGGGGGGGGAUUUUUUUAUCAUCUUGCAUGUCUAUAAACCUUUAGAGAAGUUGU